AUGCGAACCCACGACGACUUCCUUGCCGACCAAGAUGAGCCCGAACAGCCCACCAAAAGAAACAAGGUUACACAUCCCGCGAACCGCAUCUGCUAUGACUGGAUGGUCGUAUCUGGAAACUGUCACUAUGCUAGGGACCGCGCCGUAUUCACGACCUACCGCUCCGUCGACUUGCGCCUGAAAAACAACAUCUUCAAUCCCACCGACGAGCUACACGUCGUGGGCGCUGGGACUGUCCAUCUCACCGUGUGUAGAAGCCCGCAGGACCCGACGUCGCAUGUCAUCGUGCUGGAGGACGUAUUGCAUAUCCCCGAAGCCGUGUGCAAUGGAUUCAACCCACUGCUGUUCGGUAGUAGCAUGUCAUGUAACGCUGAUUACUGGGAGGGUGCGGAUCGAAGUGGACAACCGGUGUGGUUUAGUUUGCCGUUUGCGGGUCAUACGAGGUUGGUUUUGGCGGGGGAUCCGAAGGGUGAGUCUGAGUUGAUUGAGGGGAGGUAUUAUACGCUUAGCUUGUACAUUACGCCGGAGGAGAAGAGGGAGCUGGCGGCUGGGGCUGUGAAUGGGAAUGUAGUGGCGUUUUGA